AUGAGUGUGUGGAACUACGUUGUGACGGCUCACAAGCCGACCAACGUGACGCAUUCCUGCGUCGGCAACUUUACCAACCCUCAGGAGCUUAAUCUCAUCAUUGCGUAAGUUUUUUCUUUCCUGUCGCAAUGGAGGAAGAGGACUUCCGUCCGAUUUUGUUUUUUCUUGACCUUUGCUGCGAUUACGCCUUCCUGAAGCGCUUGUCUCGUAUCUUCUUGAGGUCUUCGGAUCGUAGUUCUGCCUCUCCUUAAUUACAUGCUAUGUCUUCUUCUGUUGGUCUUUUCAGUUCUUGCCUCGUUAUGCUUAUAUGAUAAUGUGUACAAGGAAGAAUUCCGUGGGCUUGUUUUUCGGUAGUUUUGAUACUGUUGUGGGCUUUUCUUUGGGCAGUGAGAAUUUCAUUUUUUCCUGCUCUUCUGGUCUCUGUUCCUUGGUCCCUAUGAUUGUGAAUUAGGCGUUUGGCAACUCGUGUAAAUUUCGUCUGAGAGUUUGUUGCUGGAUAUUUCUAUUUUUUCAGGAAAUGCACUCGAAUUGAAAUCCACUUACUCACUCCGCAAGGUCUACAGGUACUUUUAAAGAACCUACUUUAAUUUUUCUAUUGUCCUUGUGUUUUCGAAUUUAUUUAUUUUCCAUAGUUUUUGGUUUCAACCUUAAAGAGAGUUUUUCUUCCUCUUCAUUGUUGUUUAUCUCUGUUAACUUUUUAUGGUAUUUCAGUUUAUUAUUCGCUUGCUGUCUCACUAUCACUCUGUACUUUCAUUACAUUAAAUAUUUUAUAAAGAUAACUUAUGGAUUUUUACCACGUUAGCUUCUUAUUUCUUCUGUAAUAGGAUCCUAUUCACCAUAGCACUCUCCAUAGUAUUCCUUUUUAUACUCCUUUUUUGUUUCUCUUACAAGUUCCCAUAUUGGUGGCUUCCCUUUUGAUGGGAAUCAGAAUGGAAUUAUAUUGAUGGGGACUUUAUAUUAGGUUCACGUUCAGGUUUAGUAAUUACUACUGAAAUACAUAGUGUUGUUGUAACCAAUAGACGGAUGAAAGAGGAAAAUGGGCAAAAGCAAAUAGAAAAACAGGAAGGCAAGGCACUUUUUCCAUGUCACCUUGCGCUUCGCAUGGUCUACUAAAUAAGCUUUGCAAGACUACCUAGUGUUCUCAAAACCAAUAAUAUCUCUCCGAAUUUUCUGCUUAAGGAAAUAUCAAUAAGAUCUUUUUCCCUUCUGUUUUUGGAGUGGCAUCCUAAAUUUAACUCUCAAAAUCAGUCUUUGAUUUAUUAAUUGAUCUUUAUUUAGCCUCUGACGACGGAUAUCAUGUAGAAUUUCUGCCCAUCUCUGAGUGUUUAACUUUAAACUGGCUAAUCGGACUCUUACUGCCAAAUAUUGUGACCAUAUUUGUCUCAUGUUCUUACGUUCACAAUGUUAGAGCUAUUUCACUGGUUUAUGAUGGAUGACUUUCAUAUUGAUUAUUCUGCUUUAUCAAUUUUUUCACUGUUAUGCUAAUUUAUGAAUUUUUUCUUUCAGCCUAUGCUAGAUGUUCCAAUAUAUGGAAGAAUUGCUACACUUGAGCUUUUUCGCCCUCAUGUAAGAAUAGUUGCAUCUUUCUAGUUAUUGUUUCCCAUAUUGUAUAACCGCUAUUAUUUAAUUGUGGAAGGUGCUUAUUGUCAUCUUUUAUAUUUGUUUCUGCCUGAUUUGGGUGUCAGUUUUUUUGUCCUAAUCAUUCUGUUAUCUUCUUGUUAUGUCUUCCUCUAGGGGGAAGCACAAGAUUUUCUGUUUAUUGCAACAGAAAGAUACAAAUUUUGCGUUCUUCAAUGGGAUGGGGAGUCAUCUGAGCUUAUCACAAGGUAAGACCAUGAAGUCAUACGCAGUCUGCUAUCUUUUUCGUAUAAACUACACAACAUUUUGAUCCUAGUAACAUGCUAAGUCUACUGGAUGGACUCAUGUCAUUCUUUUUAUUUUGUUCUUAACUUGGUUGACAUAUCAUUGUUUGACAUGCAGGGCUAUGGGAGAUGUUUCAGAUCGUAUAGGUCGCCCAACUGACAAUGGACAGGUAUCUUUUCUUUUUUUCUAUUGCAUUUUAUUAUUUUCCGUCAUCCAAUCAUAGUCGUUGACAUGCCAGUAGCGUAUGGUUAUUCCACCCAAGUUUUAUGUAAUUGCUUGUUUUGGCACUUGUGGGAAAGGGCACUGGAUGUCCAAAAUCUUUCCUCAAAGCAUUAAUACUUUGAUGGAAAUAAUAUUAUGUUCAGCAAAAUUGAAUGUCAUUUUGAAAACAGACGAGCUCUGUUACUCUACUGUCUCUUUUACUUUUACUAUUUUCCCGAAUUCAUUUGGAUUCAAAAUAAUAUGAUUCUGGAGUUUUUUCUUAUAAAACACUUUGCAUGUAUCAAUUCCCACUUAACUCUUAAGUAUCUUUACUACUGGUGCCUGCAUGGAGCCAUCACCUUUGGGCUAAUAAAGGACAUGUGAAGUGUUAUGUUACUAUCAUGUGAACAACAAUUCACAUACUUGAACGUGGAAUAAAUUAAUUAUGUUGGGCUCAAGAUGACUGGGACGUACGCUUGGAGAAUAUUUUCUUGGAUAUUUGUCGUAUAGGCCACAGAUGUUUUCAAAGAUGAAAUCAUGAGAAACAGCUUCCUUUAGAUUGUUUAUUUAUGCCCGUUUUUAUCCAUGCUAUUGAUAUCAUCUUCAUUUGAUGUCUGUAGAUUGGCAUAAUUGAUCCAGAAUGUAGAUUAAUUGGCCUUCAUCUGUAUGAUGGCUUAUUCAAGGUAACUAGUAUCAGUCAGUUUUUCUCUAUAGAAUAUUUCCAUUUUAAUCAUUAGAAGUUCUUGAACGAUCUUAUAGUGACCGGAAAUUUGUUCUACUCUCAGGUUAUACCCUUCGACAACAAGGGACAGCUAAAAGAGGCAUUUAAUAUCAGGUUGCUUUCUACACAUUUUUCUUGCUCAGUGUGCUGGAAAUCUUCUGCAUGUAGAUCUGUAGGACUGCAUGGUGAUUGUAGACAUUGUAUUGCAACUAAUACUCGAGCUGAAAAAAAAUCUUCUGGUGCCUACUGUGGCAGGCUGUUCUUUAAGGUUAUAUGAACGUGAAAUUAAGAAAACUCCAAGAAAGUCAGUAUGGCCAAGUUGCUGUUUGGCUUAUGUUUUUAUCUUAAGUUGGAUUGGGUGUUUAAAUUUUGCUGUAUUGGCAGAUCCAGGUAUUCUUAGAUACUGUCUGGAUGGCCCCUUUGUUCUGCUGGACCAAGUUGACCUGUGUAUGAAUUCGCUGAUUUAUGUUUGAUUGGCCAGGUUCUGGCUGAUCUCGUCCAGUUUUGUCCAUUUUGGCUUGGUUUUUAUAGCUCAUUAAUCAGAAUCUCCCUCCAAGCUGGGUCAGGUGUGGCCAAUUCUAAGUACCGAUUUUUCCCUGCCCCACAAAUCUCUGUUAUUGUGGAACUAUACGUUACUGUGGCUCCACAGAAAAGUGUCAUGCAUAGGAAUCAUAUUUUCUGUGCACACUUGGAUGUGGAAUUAUGCUUUGCCUGCCCCAUGAAGCUCUGUUAUUGUGGAACUACACUGGCUGAUUUCCCACAUGUCUGUGGUCUACAGACAAUGUCAUGCAUAUGAAUCAUAUUUUCUGGGUGUACUUAGAUGUCCUUCUUCUGGCUUGUGAAUUCAUUCAAUGUGUUUUUGAACAUGCACAUACCUGUUUCUGGCCAACAUUUCUAGGAGUAGGAUUACUCUUAGAUGUAAAUUGAUUGGAAGCAUCAUGUCAUGUAUAGCUUCCUUUGAUGUGGCAUUCCUGCCACUUCCCUACUGGAAUCCUUAUUUACCAUUAAUCAUGUUAUCUUUGAUUCAGGCUUGAAGAGCUUCAAGUGUUGGAUAUCAAAUUCCUCUAUGGUUGCUUGAGGCCAACAAUUGUAGUCCUUUACCAGGUGUGUAUGCAUUAUGAUGUACUUUCCAGAAAUAGGAUCUCAGAGGAAAUGUUUAGCAGAGAAUUAAUGGCUUUUAGGAUCAGGAUUUUACAUCGAAGACAAAUUUUUCAUUUCUGAAAGUGCCUCAUGCCCAUUAAAUCUGUGAGAGAAAUAAAUACACUGCUUUUAAAUAUGCUCCCCCUUCUCGCUGGUACAGUUAUAGGUAGCCGAUGUUAUGAAUAUUAGUGAUCUGAAGUGGUGGAAAUCAAAAUUCAUGGCUCCCUUGCCUACACAAACUCGAAGCCAACCCUUCACCCAAUUAUAGCCUUUCAAUAUAUUCUUCUUGGUUGUUUAUCCGUUGAAAAUGGUACAAUAGCUAUACGCAGGAUGAUAUAUGGCUUCUUGCAGUCCUCUCUAAUUGCCCAAAAUUGGUUCCAGCUUAUCCCACAUCUUUCAUUACUCCAGAAGGGUGCCCUUAUACAUGUGUAGCAUCUGAGAGCUUCUACCAGGUCUCUCUUGAGAACGCUUAGAACUAUGUGAUCCACAGACUCUCCUCCACAUAGACAAUAGGAACCACUGAUAUACAUAAUGAUCUGAGGAUUCCUCUUUCCAUGAACUAAAAUAGUUAUUGAUAGUGUGCAUGUAAAGACCUAUCUCAUCACUUGUUGGAAGUGAUUCCCGUGAAAGCCAAAUCCUCAAAUCAAAAGGCUCAGAAGAGGUGAAAGUGAAGUGAGCUGCGAUAGCUUUGUUCUACUUGUAACAUGAUUACUGUAGACAGGGAAGGUGGACACGUGACGGAGGAAAUGGGGAAGAUGAUAUAGGGUCACAGUUAAAUUAGUAUAUCCUGUUGUUCCAUAUGGAAGAGACAAGCAUGAGAUGAUGCAUCAGGUUUUGGAGGUUCCAUCACCCUACAAAAGUGAAGAUUUUGAUACAAUGAGUUUCAGUUAGAAAUUUCCGUCAUGCUGUAUAAGCCAGACAAACAAAACGUGUGCAAUGAGGUGCUGGAUCAGGGCUCAAAUGUCAUAAUAUUUUGAAGUGCUCCUCAUCUUGUCGGUGUUAAGUAAAGAUGAUGCUACCAUCAGCUAUUUCGCUAUUCGCUUUUGUUGUGUUAUCUGUCCUCCAUGGGAUUUUUCCCUUUGGCGUAUCAGAUUAAAUAACUCACCAUGUUUGGAGCUUCAUGACUUCGCAGGAUAAUAAAGAUGCACGCCAUGUUAAGACAUAUGAGGUUUCUUUGAAGGACAAAGACUUUGCCGAAGGCCCCUGGCAGCAAGCUAAUGUUGAUAAUGGAGCUGGUCUGCUGAUACCUGUUCCUAUGCCACUUGGUGGUGUUAUCAUAAUUGGAGAGGAGACAAUUGUAUACUGUAGUGCUACUGCAUUUAAAGCCAUCCCAACAAAACCAGUAAAUGCAAAUUCACUCUGGCAUAUCUGACUUUGUAUUUUGGCUUUUUGAUUUAAUAAUCUUGCUUCUUGUUAACAUUCCCUGCAAUCUUCUUAAUUAGUCAAUAACUAGAGCCUAUGGAAAGGUGGAUGCGGAUGGUUCUCGAUACUUGCUUGGUGAUAAUUCGGGAGCUCUAAGAUUGCUUGUUAUCAUUCAUGAGAAGGAAAGGUAAAAGUGUUCUCCUCUCGUUUGUUAGUCAUCACACUGUUCUAGUGUGUUUACAUUGAAUUUUUUAAGUCUUAUCCUGUAGACCUUUUUUAUGAUUGCCAUUUACUGAGAAUAUCCUUCCAUCUGGAUAUUUUGUAGGGUAACUGGCCUUAGAAUUGAGCAGUUGGGUGAGACAUCUGUUGCGUCAACUAUAUCUUAUCUUGACAAUGCUGUCGUGUAUAUUGGUUCUAGUUAUGGAGAUUCGCAGGUACGCUUUCGACUUGGCCGUCCCUUUAUGGUAUCCAUGGGAGUUUUAAUAUCAUUUUUCAUUUUCCGUCAUUUUUAAGAAUAAAUUAAAGUUAUGCUGAUUCCAUUUCCUUCACAGCUAAUAAAAUUGAAUAUGCAACCUGAUGUGAAAGGUUCAUAUGUUGAAGUCCUUGAGAGAUAUGUUAACCUUGGGCCAAUCGUUGACUUUUGUGUCGUGGACCUUGAGAGACAAGGCCAGGGUCAGGUUGUGACUUGUUCUGGAGCAUACAAAGAUGGUUCUCUGCGGGUUGUUCGUAACGGAAUAGGGAUUAAUGAGCAGGUUUUCUUCAUUAACUUCUACAUUUACAACUCCAUGUUUCUUUUUCUAAUUAUUUUAUUUAUUGGAGGUUUUUGAUUACUUGUGCAUUGAUCUCUAGGCAUCUGUGGAGCUGCAAGGCAUCAAGGGAUUAUGGUCUCUGCGACCCUCAACCAAUGAUCUGCAUGAUACCUUCCUUGUUGUGAGUUUUAUCAGCGAGACACGUAUACUUGCAAUGAAUCUUGAUGAUGAACUAGAAGAAACGGAAAUUGAAGGCUUUUAUGCACAUGCACAAACAUUGUUUUGUCAGAACGCUGUACACGAUCAAUUUGUCCAAGUGAGCUUCUUCAUCAUUCCUUUUUUAAUCCAUGGUUGCUAGUUUUUCGAUUUUAAUCUUUCCUUUUAGUUCAAAAUUUUCAGUUUAUUGCAAAUUUAGUUGGUGUCUGCGUGGAUUAUCUUAUGCUUAUAAAUGUCUUUCUAGUUGAACUUUUGUUAUCCUUUAUGAUCCUCACAGUCAUAUAGUUGUCAUUUUCCCAUUAGUGGUCUCUUUAUGUAGAAUAAUUUUUUUGGUUUCUGUUUGAUCAUUACUGUACCUUUGUUGGUGAUAUAUGACGCAAACCAUAGAACAAACCAUAGAACAAUUGUUGAUGAUACAAGAGUAAAUAGUCAGGGAAGAUCUCUUCAUCUCAAAUCAUAGAACAAUUCAUAGUUUUAUGCAAUUUCCCUGGUCACAAAAAAAGACACUACUUAGAAGGAAACUGACCAAAAAGGAAACUGCCUAGGUGAAGGAAACUGGCCAACUAGGAAACUAAGAAACAAGGAAACUGACAAACUAGGAAGUUGUCCAUCUUGGAAGCUGACCAACAUAAUCAAACUCCAAUUACACAUUUUUCCCACACUCUCCCUCAACGUGGUGAAUAGACAUUUUCCAUUCUUAUCUUGGAUACAAUACUCUGAAAUAUUGAACUAAAUCCCUUAGAAAGUACAUCCACAAGAUGGCUGUGUAGACACAAGGUGUACAAAUCAGUCCACUCUCCAACUUCUCCUUGAUUAAGUGUCUAUCAAUCUUGAUGUGUUUUGUUUGAUCGUUUUGUAUUGGCUUGUGAGGUAUGCUAAUUGCAAACUUUUUGUCAUAAGAAAGUCUCGUUAGGACACCCACAAUCUUAAGUCUUCUAAGAUCAUCUUUAGCCAAAGUAGUUCAUAUACCUUGAACCAUUUGCUUGGAAUUCAGCUUUUGCACUAGACUUGCUACCACAUUUUGUUGUUUCUUACCUUUCCACAUCACAAGAUUACCACAAAAAAGGGUGCAAUAUCUGGAAGUUGAUCUCCAGUCAACCACUAACCCUUCAUAAUCAACAUUUGUGUAUGUCUCAAGUACCAACCCUCCAUUUUUUCUAAAUAUAAUAUAUAUUUCGUAGUGUUUUUUUGAGAUAUUGUAGCGCUUGAUGAGCUGCCUACAGAUGGAUUUCCUUUUGACUGCAUGAACUAGCUAAUCAUAUUGUGUAUCUCUAUCUGGUCCUAUAUGACAAAUAAAUGAGUCUUCAUACUGAGCCUUGACAUUUCCCUCUCUAUCACAGCAUUCUUCCCUGUCUUUUCAAAUUUUAAGAUUCUGAUCUAUUGGAAUACUUGCUAGUUUGCAUGCGGUUUUGCCUACUUUCCUAAGAAAAUUCGUAACAUACUUUUGCUGGGAGAUGAAAAUGCCCUCCCUCAGGUGCUACUUCAAUCCUAAGGAAGUAUUUCAGCCUCCCUAAGGUUUUAAUCUCAAACUCCUUAGCCAAACACUAACUUAGAUAUUGUCUCUCUUUCUCUUUUUUCCCAAACAUUGUUACGUCAUUAACAUAUACCAAGUUUGCUGUGACUCCCCUUGAGAAUGAAUAGUGUGUGAUUGCUUUGGUUUUGUCUGUAUCUCAUUUCAAUCACAACACUUGCAAAUCUAUCAUACCAUACCAAGGUGAUUGCUCAAGUCCUUAAAUACGUUUUUCAAUCUACACACCAUAUGAGUGGCCAAUCUAUUCUCAUAACCUGGUGGAACUUUCAUAUAAUUUUUUUUUUCUAGUUCACCUUGUAAAAAUGCAUUUUUAACAUUAAAUGUUGCAAUUCAAGGCAUAAUUAGUUGUAAUGACAAGAAGAUUUCAAAAAUAUUUUUUAAUAAUUCUUGAAGGAGAAAUGACACUUCCAAACCCUAAUCAAUGGACCCUAGUAUUUAUGCUAUGGUCCUAAUAGACAUAUGUGGGCCACUUUGGCCCAAACUACUAUAUGGGCUAACUUGGCCCAUACUAGAUAAUAACAUAACUUGAAUAACCUCCCUCAAGCUGGAGCCUAUAUAUCAUAAGCUCCUAACUUGUUACAAAGAAAUUUCCCCUAUGACUGUUUAGUGACUUGGUAAACACAUUAACAAGUUGAUCCCUAGAGAUAACAUUCACAUUAGUGAUGAACUGUGCUUGGAUCUCUCUGAUGAAGAGACAAUCAACUUCAGUAUAUUUUGUCCUCUCAGAGAAUACAAGAUUAGAGCCAAUAUGAAUCAUUGCUUGAUUAUCACAUUUCAGUUUUAUAGGACUUGGAUGAGAGAAGCCCAAUUCCUCAAGAUGUCUGACCCAUUAAGUUCACAUGUAGUGUGUCCCAUUGCCUUGAUUGUGAGACCACAUAUUGUUUCUUACUCUUCUAAGAAACAAGAUUGCCACCAACAAAGAUAUAAUAUCCAGUUAAAGAUUAUUUGUGUGGACUGUAGCCAGCCCAAUCUACAUCUGAAAAACGUUGGACAGUGAUAUAAUCGCUAUUCUUGUGUAGUAGUCCACUUGGAUUUCUUUUGAGAUAUCUCAGGAUCCACGUAACUCCAUCCAGGUGUUUUCUGUGUGGUCGUUUUAUGAAUUGACUCACCACAUUAAUAGCAAAAGAAAUAUAUGGUCAAGUAAUGGUCAUAUAAUUUAUGUUACCAAUUGGACAUCUAUAUCUCCCUUAGAUUCUCCAGCACGUCACCUUUGUCAAAUGAUAAUUUUAAAUUAGGGUCCAUGGGAGUGGUACUUGUUCUCGUACUUAACAUGCAUGCCUUUAUAAGAAGAUCAAGAAUGUACUUUCGUUAAUUGUUUGUAAUUUCUUCCUUAAAUCAGACAAAUCUCAAUCCCCAUAAAGUAUUUAAGACUGUCAAAAUCUUUAGUUGCAAAUUGUCUUAGUAAGAACCACUUGAGUUUAAAAGUGCCUUUGUGAUCAUCUCCAGGAUAACGAUGUUGUCGACAUAAAUGAUCAAACAUAAUACAACCAGUGGAAGAAUGUUUAUAAAAAACAAAAUGGCCAACCCUACAUUUGUGAAGGUCAAACUUCAAUACAAAACUACUGAAUAGACUACCCCAUUUGGAAAUUGCUUCAAACCAUAAAGAGAUUUUUGUAAGUUGCAAAACCAGACUAGACUCUCCCGAAGCAACAAAACUAAGUGGUUGUUUCAUAUAAAACUCCUCCUAUAAGUCACCAUAAAGAAAUACAUUCUUGAUAUCUAGUUGAUGUAAAGUGAAGAUAAUCGUAUAACCACUACUAAAAAGUUCUUUACUAAAACAAUUCUGACAAUUGAAUAGAAUGUCUCAGAAUAAUCUUCACCAUAUAUUUGAGUGAAUCCUUUGGCCACUAAACGGUCUUUCAAUCUAUCCAUAAAUUCAUUUGGACCAACUUUGACAUUGAAGACUCAUUUGCAUCCAGCCACAAAUUUACUAGGUGAUGGUGGAACCAAACACCAUGUACCAUUCUAAGUUAUGUAGAGGCAUUUUUGGAUAAACCGUCAGACAUAAAAUUGAUUGGUUGCCGAUUGAGUACUUCAGUAAGUUGGACAAAUUUGGAGAGCUCUUUGCCAUGUAUAUACAUGUGUGAUAGGAGGUUGACUAGUAGACUCAACAUGACUGUCAACUAUUGGAUCAACUGUAGGAAUGGACUCAACAGUAAUUGGUAGAGGUAGAGAUUAUUCUAGUGACAUGGUUGGCGAAAACUCAUCAAAGAAAAAUGUACCCUUAAAGAAUGUAACGUCAACAGAGACAAUACCUAUUUUAAACACGAGAAUAUCCUAAGAAGAUACACUUCAUAGAUUUGGGAUGAACUUUAUCUUGACCAAUUCUAAGUUUUUGUACAAAACAUACACCUCCAGAUAUUUUAGGUGGAAUAUUGAAUAAUGGCUCUCUUGGAUGAAGGAGAGUAAGGAACUUUAUUGUCUAACACAAAGGAUGAUGUCCGGUUGAUCAAAUGAGGGGCUAUGAGUUCAACAUGUGCCUAGAAUUCCGUGGGAACAUACAUAUGUAGUAGAAGUGUGCACACAGUUUUAAUGAUAUGUCUAUGCUUCCUUUCAACAACUCUAUUUUGUUGAGUAUCAUGACAUGAUGAAUGAUGAAGUAUCCCAUAAUGGGUUAGGUAUUGUAUAGAAGUGUUGAAAUAUUUUUUUGUAUUGUUUGAACGUACUACUUAAAUGGUUUUCCCAAAUUGGUUUUUAAUUUCAAUGCAAAUGAGCAAAAGAUAAAAAUAACUCAAAUCUAUCCUUCAUGAGAUAUAGUCAUAUAACACGUGAAUAAUCAUCAAUAUAGGUAACAAAGUAUUUGAAACCAAAUUUAGAUGUGACACGACUAGGACACUAUACAUCUAAAUGUACUAAAUCAACCAUUGAUUUUACUUGAUUAUAGGUUUGUGACCCAGUACUAAAACGUUGGUAUUUUCCCUACUGACAUGACUCAUAUUCUAAUAUUUCCGACCCAGGAAGAUUAAGAGCUAAUAACUUGAGCUUUUUAAGAGAUGCAUGACAGAACUGACUAUGAAUUUAAAGUGGUGAAGUAACAACACACGAGAUGGGAGAAGUUUUACCCACACGAGAUGGGAGAAGUUUUACCCAAAUAAUACAACCCUCUGUGCUCAUCGUUCUCCAAUCGUCUUCCACAUCUUCAGGUCCUGAAUGAAAUAGGAGUGAGGAAGAAAGGUUAGAAUAGUUUGAAGAGCACGGAUGAGUUUACUAAUAGAAACAAGCUUGAAAGGAAACUUGGGUACAUAAAAAACUGAUUUUAGAGAUAAUUCAGGUGAUGGGAACAUCAUCCUUUAACCUUUGACAAAUGUUGUAGAUCCACUAAUUAGAAUAAUGUUGGGAAGACCAGGAUGAUUAGAAUAGGAUGUAAACCUACCAGAUAUACUUGUUAUAUGAUCCAGUGGCACCUGGGUCAAGGAUUUAGGAUGAUGAUUCACUUGUGGAUGUAUGAGAUGCCUAAGAGAGGCGAGCAAUGUACCCAAUUUGAACAAGAGAUGCAAUUGCCGAUGAUGUUUGUUGGACAUCAUGAGACUGAAGGAUCUGAGUAUACUUUUCAUUUGACAAGACCAUCUGGUGAGUGGUUCUAAUCUCCCCCUCUUUUGAAGUAGCUAGAUUAGAUCUUAGCCCAUAUCUCUAGUAUGAUUUUUUUGACCACAAUGGGUACAUUCAAAUCUCUGACAACCUCUAAAAUUUCUACCUCCACCUCUCCCUCAGCCACACAAACACCAUGACCAUGACCAUGGGAGGAGGUAUCCACAACAACUUGAGUAGACACUAAAGCAAUUGUAUUGACAGGUGCUGACCCAAUAGGUGCUAAAGUAGUAUGUGUACCUUCUUGGUCUAGAAAGGCUCAAGAGAUACAUUGAUAGGUCUCAACAAGAGAUGGUAACUCACCUCUAGACAAAAUCUGACUACAAACAUAGGAAGGUACAUAUACUUGAAAAGUCACCCAGGAACUUAAAAAUAGUCAUUUGGUCGUGCUGCUUCUGCAUUACUUGAACAUCAUUGGAGAUAGGUAGUAAUACAUGAAGAUCAUCAUUGAAUCGAGUCACCUCAGCGAAAUAUUGGCUCAAAGUCUUAAUCUCUUUUCUUCAUCCCAUAAUAUUCAAUGGUCAUAUAGUACAUCUAUGAAAUAUUAUUUGAAUACAUAAUAUUACCAAUAUUAUGUUGACUACAAACAUAGUACAAGAUGGUCUCAGAAAUUCUUACAAGUGCGAUGAUGACUUACCAAAUCAACAAUAUUCGACUCUAUUGAGUUUCGUAAUAUGUUGAGAAGGUUAGCAUCUUGUUGCUCCCAUUGCUCCAUUUUGGCCAGGUCGAAGGGUGGUUCAUCCAUGAGGUGCUUAAUCUUGCCUUGACCUUUGAAGUAGAUCUUCAGAUAUUUGUUCCAUUGAGUAUAGUUUCGUUCAUUCAAUCUUCGAGUUAUGAUAAUAUGACUCUAGACUAUUAUUGUUGGCUGUGGAGCUUUGGAGUAAGAGUUAAGAGAUUUUGAUUCAUUAGACAAUUUUUUAUUGAGUUGAUCAUUGAUUGUUGCCAAUGAGUUGACUGUUGACUAGCUCUUAACUCCUAUGGAGAAGGCGCCUCUACAUAGCUCCUGUUGAGUGGCCUGAUUACAUGAACUUUAGCGGCAACAUGCUAUGGGAGAUUUUCUGAUCUUAGUUAGAGAGAGAUAGGGCACUCAAAUGAUGGUGUCGUAUAGGAGGUGACGUCAAGCAAGGGGUGAUGUCAGACAGAAGGCAACACCAAACAGGGGUCAACUACAGACAAGAGAUGAUGCUAGAUGCUGAACAAGGGGGAAUCCCAGAUAGGGGCUGACACUGGACAAGGGGCAAUGUCAGACAGGGGACGAUGCCAAAUAGGGGGCAACCAUGGAUAGGAGGCGAUGCCAGACAGGGGGCAAUGUUGGACUUAGGAAGAACUCUUUCUUCCACUGCUAGGGUUUCGAACUUGAUUGCUCUGAUACCAUGUAAACACUUCUUGAAGGAGAAAUGACACUUCCAAACCCUAAUUGAUGGACCCUAGUAUCUAUACUAGGCUCCUAACAUAUAAGUGGGUCACUUUGGCCCAAAUUGCUAUAUGGGAUAAUACCAUAACACUAACAAUAUUCAUCUUUGCAGUUAGAGAAAACAUCUCUAUGUGUAAUUGAUCCCAUAGGUUUGAGUAUAGCCCUUGAUUGUCAACAUUGUUUUAUCUCUUUAUAGAUCAUAUGCGUGAUACUUCACUGUAUAGCGCCCUAUGUACAACCCAUGGGUCUGUUUCCUAUUGGCAGCCUUACUAAUUCUCAAGUUGUGUUAUUUUCUAGCACCUCCAUCUCCACUUUCAUUGUUUGCUAAAAUAUGAUAAAAUACAGAUGGAUUUUCCAGUUCUAUCUUCAGGCUCAUGACUUGAUAGUGUCAUUUCAUAUAAACUCUUCCAUAGUGUGAAAAUAUAUGAUAGGAUAUUCAUUUGAAUUUUUUAACCCCAUGUCUUUUGUUGAGUUGGCAUCUGUUCUAAUCAUGAUACCAUGUUCCACAUUUUGUUUUUAUAUUUGUUAUAAUUUUAAAAUACUUAAUUUGAAUUGAAUUAAUUGCUCCCUCGUUUUUUCAGGUUACUGCGAAUUCUGUUCGACUAGUCAGCUCUGCAUCUCGUGAGUUGCUGGAUGAGUGGAAUGCACCUUCUGGCUUUUCUGUUAAUGUUGCUACCGCUAAUAUUUCCCAGGUUCUAUCCAAACCCUACCUGAAAUUAUCGAAAUUAUGCUUCUUUGUCAUUCUCAGUUUAGAUAUAUUAUGUUGAUUUAGUUCAUAGUGUGAAUGCUUUUGCAUCACAAGAUUGGCAUCACAUUGUCAAAUAAUGGCCACAUAAUUUCCUGGGUUUUAAAAUUAAUGCCUUUUGUGUAUGUAAUAAGAAGGCCCUAUGUGAAUUUUAAUGACAUAGCACACGUUAUGAACCCAGUAUUAUAAAAUAUUUCCAUGUGAUUUUUAAACGCUGAAUUGAAAGCAUAAUUUGCUAACUUGUUCCAAACCCAAGUACAAUUGGGAUUGGGUUUGUGGUGUGUUUGGUAUGGGCCUUUGAUCAAUUUGGCUGGCCCAUUUUGGAAAUUGUGUUGAUUCAGAACUGAAUCAAUCCAGCUCGUGUCCUGUGCUACCUCAGAAGCAACAUUGUUAUCAAAUUCGAGUCAGCAACAGAUAUAUUCAUAUCGGGUCGUUUUUACAAGGUUCAGGGAGUAGGAGAGCUGGAGGGAAUCCUAGAAAAUCCUUUAAAUGCAUUCCAUGGCACCUGAGUCCUAGAUCCCAGAAAAGAUUCCCGAACUCUUAAAAAAAUAUAUUACUAAAUUGGCCUAUAUGAUUACAUCAGUGUAUCUAAUAGCUGGAGGGAAUCCUCACUUUUGGUGGAGCACUUAUUCUGUAUCUUAGGUAUGCAGACCGAUUACUAUUUGGCCAACAUAUCCGGUUCAAUGUCCAAUUCAUCACGAUGAAAAUUAAUAGAAAAAUUACUCUUCAUCUACUAUAUUUAGAUGAUGGAGAAUGAGGUUCAAACCACCCUGAGCAACUCCUGUCAUGUGACAUUUUGAAAUCUCAGUUUCAAUGUUAGAUCUCAGCAAGCUCCAGCUUGACUCAUUGUGCAGGUUCGUCUGUCGCUAUUGAACAAGUCAGAUAUGACCAUUCUUGGGUGGAUUGUUUGCACUUGAGUACCUUAAUAGAGUUAUACCCUUUCAACCCCCUCCUUCCUACUGGAGGUAACAAGCAUAAUUAUUUUUCAUGAGACACACUGAUUCACAGUAAUGCCUAUUUUAGAGGGUCCAUCAAAUACUCUGUGACAUUGUUUGUUCACCGUAGCCUUGAUUUGACGUCAAUGAUUUAGGGACUUUGUGGUAGUGGAUGGUGACAUAGGCUUUUUCUAGAAUAUUGGCUGCAGUGGUCAUCAAAUACUCUGUGACAUUGCUUCUAUCGUGAUCACAUUGCCAUUGCUGCCCCUCUGACUCAACGUGGAGAGCAUCUGUUUUUAAAAACUGGUCCUUUAUUUUGUACUUUUUCUUGUGUUGGUUGGCCUAUCAAUGCAUGGUCUUAGAUAACACGGUCAGAUUAACCCAACUGGAUUUGAUUUGAAAGGAUUCUCUCCAUUUAUAUAGAAUGAAGUAAUAAUUCCAGUUCUUUCUGUUUAUCUGGAUUCAAAAAGUUCUUUUUAUCGGCUUUAUAUUAUAGUGAAGAUAGUGGCAUCAACAUCAAGGAAUCUGUUUAUAAACUAAGGUUCCUGUCGUAUGCCUAACAGUUCACUCAGUUAAACCUGCACAGUCUAGUCUGCCCCAGCGGCUCUGCAGUACCAGUCAUUUGACCCUAGGGUUUAGUUCUAGCUGAAACUCACCCCGCCAGAUCUGCUUCAGUAUCUAGCCAAACCUUGGACAUCCAUUGUCUUUGCACAAAUCCAUGUGUCCCAGGUGAUGCUAAAUUUCGUGAACUGUCCAGCCAUCGGCAGGUGACCACUAAGCUUUUUUCCCCCUUCUUGAUCAAUUUCCUGCUCUCUGAUGCUCGUGAAGCUAAUUGGUGGAGCACAAUCCAGAUUCUGAUAAAUUUUUUUGUCAGAACUUUGAAUAGGACUCUCAAUUCACGUUCAAUAUUGUGCGACCUCUUUAUCAGCAUAAAUCACAUUUUCUUCAAGAUUGGCCCUCUCCUUUGUCCAUCUCUCAAUUUUUUUAUAUGUGCCUGUACUGUUACGUAAUUUAUGUUUCAGGUUCUGUUGGCGACUGGCGGUGGUCAUCUGGUUUAUCUGGAAAUUGGUAAUGGAAAAUUGACUGAAGUUAAACACAUCCAACUGGAAUAUGAGGUGUCGUGUCUUGACAUCAACCCAAUCGGUGAAAACUCGAGCUACAGCUUUCUGGCGGCUGUUGGGAUGUGGACGGACAUCAGUGUGAGGAUAUUUUCUCUCCCGGCCCUGGAUCUCGUCACAAAGGAGCACCUGGGUGGAGAGAUCAUCCCUCGGUCUGUUCUUUUGUGCAAAUUCGAAGGAGUAUGCUCUCUAUCCACGUUGAUCUCCUCUUGUCUCUUCUCCCUUUCUCUCAGUUAUCAGAAUGCAUUCCACUGUCGUGAUUCAUUCUUCUUUCCGUACCACUGCACAGGUACCUUAUUUGCUAUGCGCCCUGGGAGACGGACAUCUGUUUAAUUUUCUGCUGAACACAGACACUGGGGAGCUCUGUGAUCGGAAAAAGGUUUCCCUGGGAACCCAGCCCAUCACGCUUCGGACCUUCUCCUCAAAGGACGCGACUCAUGUGUUUGCGGCAUCAGACAGGCCCACUGUCAUCUACAGCAGCAAUAAGAAGUUGCUCUAUAGCAAUGUCAAUCUGAAGGAAGUCAGCCACAUGUGCCCCUUUAACUCUGCCGCCUUUCCUGACAGGUGCUUCGUUGCUCUUCCCUGGCCUAGUUUCUAGGCACUUAUUAGCAUAUAUGGUCCUCAUAUACAAUCCACAAUUCCCCCCACCCCCCAAUGAUUUGAAGCAUAUGAAAUCAUUUCCCUCGGAAUAAAAAUUGUGGUUUUCGAUGAUUAUUUCUGUCUGGCUGGCUUUUUAGGCUGGUUGGCUCGCUUAACUGUGUGGAAACUGUGGCAUGCAUAUGAGAGUUGCGUGCCUCGGAAAAUAAAGAUUAAAACUUCGUCUUCCAGUUGUUAAUUUUGUCGGGCUUUUAGGCGUAUAGAUGAUUUACCCAAUGCUUGUGCUUGAUGAUGUUGGCAGCCUUGCGAUCGCCAAAGAAGGGGAGCUCUCCAUCGGCACCAUUGACGACAUCCAAAAGCUCCACAUUCGCUCCAUCCCUCUGGGAGAGCACGCCCGCCGCAUAUGCCACCAGGAGCAGUCGCGGACGUUUGCCAUCUGCAGCCUGAAGCACAUUCAGACGGGUACUGACGACACCGAGAUGCACUUUGUGCGGCUUUUGGACGACCAGACGUUCGACUCCAUGUCAACCUAUGCACUUGACAGCUAUGAAUACGGCUGCUCUAUCCUCAGCUGCUCCUUUGCAGACGACACCAACACCUACUACUGCGUUGGAACGGCUUAUGUUCUGCCCGAAGAAAACGAGCCCAACAAGGUGAGCCACUGGAGUUCCAUAAUCUAUUUGAUGAUAUUAUUCCCGGGUCAUAUCCUGUAAAUUAGCCGAAAUUUUCCUCCAGAUAACUUAUUAUAGCGAUGGACAGUGAACCACUGGAGUUCGCUUAUCUUUUUGAUGCUUAGUCCCCAACAAUUUGAUGAUUUACCUACUCAGCUGCGCUUAUCCUCCGAAUAACUAAUAACAGCGGUGAAAAUGACCCCCACUAGGGUGGGCCAUUGAGUUAUCUGAUGAUUGAAUCCCCCCCCUAUAUUUUCUGAUAAAUGAGCUGGAAUUUUCAACUUAUUACAGCAAUCACGAUAGCUUGUUUCAUCUACGUUUGACUUUCCCCUUAUUCCGGUGUUUUCAGGGCCGAAUCCUAGUUUUUAUGGUCGAAGAUGGGAAGUUGCAGUUGAUUGCUGAGAAGGAAACAAAAGGGGCCGUGUACUCCCUCAAUGCCUUCAAUGGGAAGUUGCUGGCCGCCAUCAAUCAGAAGAUUCAGCUGUUCAAGUGGAUGCUCCGGGAUGACGGCUCACGGGAGCUGCAGUCUGAGUGUGGGCAUCACGGCCACAUACUUGCUCUAUACGUUCAGACCCGAGGCGACUUCAUCGUAGUCGGCGACCUGAUGAAGUCAAUCUCCUUGCUGCUCUACAAGGUAACAGUAAUAAUAAUAAUAAUAAUAAUAAUAAUAAUAAUAAUGAUAAAUUAAUAACAGUUUUAGAAAUAACAAUAAAAAAUAAAAAUAGUGAAGUCGAUCCCUUUAGCCAGAACAAAUAUUUUUUCGUGCCAUGGCCCUGCAUUUCUUAUCGCUCGUUGCCAUGAACUUUUGAGUGUCAUUAGCAUAUGAUUUGGCUGUGAUCCGGAGCCGGAAUCUCUCUGCUCUGGGAUGCUGAAUUGCUGCAGGGCUGCCCCUUCUGGCAGCAGAUAUCUCUCUGCAAGUCCUAUGAUUGAUUCCUCGUGAAUAGCAGUUAAAAUGCUCCCUUCCCCUAGACACGCACAGCUUUCUGCCAGUUCGUUCGUCUGUGUAUUUGAGGUCCUUCUUUCAUGGGCACAGUUUAGCCUGAUUCCAGUCAGUCAUCAGGCCUGUUCUUGGGGAUAUUCCAAGUGGCAUGAUCGGUCGAUCGAUCACGAGCAGGAAGUCAACAACCAGGAAGAAAAACAGGAAACAGAAACAAAACAAGAGAGAAAUCCCUCGUCGAAUGGCCCCGAUGACUGAGUUUUUUUCUACUCUUUUUUUUUUUCUUGUUUGUUUGUAUGUAUAUAUGCUACAAGUCCUCGUUGAAUUGAUUCUCUAUCGUGUUCUUGUUUCUUGUCUCUCAACUCUCAACUCGGAUUGGAUUGGACAAAAUCAGCACGAGGAAGGGGCGAUCGAGGAGCGGGCCCGGGACUACAACGCCAACUGGAUGACGGCGGUGGAGAUCCUGGACGACGACGUGUACCUGGGUGCGGAGAACAACUUCAACCUGUUCACGGUCCGCCGGAACAGCGACGCGGCAACGGACGAGGAGCGGGGCCACCUGGAGGUGGUGGGCGAGUUCCAUCUCGGCGAGUUCGUCAACCGAUUCCGGCCCGGGUCGCUGGUCAUGCGGCUGCCCGACUCGGAGGCGGCCCACAUCCCCACUGUCAUCUUCGGGACGGUCAACGGGGUCAUCGGCGUGGUCGCCUCCCUCCCCCACGACCAGUUCCUCUUCCUGGAGAAGCUCCAGGCCUGCCUGGUCAAAGUAAUCAAGGGCGUGGGCGGCCUCAGCCACGAGCAGUGGCGCUCCUUCAACAACGAGAAGAAGACAGCCGAGGCCCGCAACUUCCUCGACGGCGACCUCAUCGAGUCCUUCCUCGACCUCCCCCGCGCCCGCAUGGACCAAAUCUCUCACGCCAUGGGCGUCUCCAUGGAGGACCUCUGCAAGCGCAUCGAGGAGCUCACAAGGCUCCAUUAG